CACAGAGGGCGGAGGCCGGCCACGCCACACCUUGUCGCUCGUGCCCACCUCCCGCACCCUCCUUCCUCAGGCGACCGAGGGGCGGUGGAGUUCAAGGAGAUCUGGCCAGCACACGGCCGAGCAGUCGGCCCGGGGCGCAGCAGGUUUGCUUAUCUUGGGAGCCUGAAGUCUUGCUCAUCAUAAAGAUCAGGUGACCAGUGAGAUCAGCCAUGUCUGUGAGGCCUCUUGAAAGUCCUCCGCCUUACCGACCUGAUGAGUUCAAACCCAAUCAUUAUGCGCCAAGCAAUGAUGUCUAUGGCGGAGAAAUGCACGUUCGACCAAUGCUCUCUCAGCCGGCAUACUCCUUUUACCCAGAAGAUGAAAUUCUUCACUUUUACAAAUGGACGUCGCCCCCAGGAGUGAUCCGGAUCCUGUCCAUGCUCAUCAUUGUCAUGUGCAUCGCCAUAUUUGCCUGUGUGGCUUCCACGCUCGCUUGGGACAGAGGCUAUGGAAAUGGCAUCUUUGGCGGUAGCGUAAGCUACCCUUAUGGAGGAAUUGGUGGCUUCGGUGGUUAUGGAACUGGCUAUGGCUAUGGUUAUGGCUAUGGUUAUGGCUAUGGAGGGUAUACAGAUCCAAGAGCAGCCAAAGGUUUCCUGUUGGCCAUGGCAGCCUUUUGCUUCAUUGCCUCCUUGGUAAUAUUUGUUACCAGUGUUGUAAGAUCUGGAAUGUCCAGAACAAGAAGAUUUUACUUGAUUGUGAUCAUAGUCAGCGUUAUCCUGGGCAUCCUGGUAUUUAUCGCGACAAUCGUGUAUAUAAUGGGAGUCAACCCAACCGCUCAGACCUCUGGAUCUAUAUACGGUUCACAGAUCUACGCCCUCUGCAGUCAGUUCUAUACUGGAGCUACUGGACUCUACGUGGAUCAGUAUCUCUACCACUACUGUGUGGUGGAUCCUCAAGAGGCUAUAGCCAUUGUCCUGGGCUUCAUGAUACUCGUGGCUUUUGCUUUAAUCAUUUUCUUUGCUGUGAAAACCCGAAGAAAGAUGGACCAGUAUGACAAGUCCAAUAUUUUGUGGGAUAAGGAACAUAUUUAUGAUGAACAGCCCCCCAAUGUUGAAGAGUGGGUUAAAAAUGUGUCUGCAGGCACACAAGACAUGCCUCCACCGCCAUCUGACUAUGCAGAGAGAGUUGACAGUCCGAUGGCAUACUCCUCCAAUGGCAAAGUAGAUGGCAGGCGGUCCUACCCAGAGUCUUUCUAUAAGUCAACACCAAUGGUGCCUGAAGUGGCUCAGGAGCUUCCUCUGACCUCACCUGUGGAUGACUUCAGGCAGCCUCGGUACAGCAAUAGUGGGAACCUAGAGACACCUUCAAAAAGGGCUCCCACAAAGGGACGAGCAGGAAAACCGAAGAGAACGGAUCCAGAGCACUAUGAGACGGACUACACGACAGGCGGCGAGUCCUGUGACGAGCUGGAGGAGGACUGGGUCAGGGAAUAUCCACCCAUCACUUCAGAUCAACAAAGACAGCUCUACAAGAGAGACUUUGACUCAGGGCUCCAGGAGUACAAGAGUCUACAAGCUGAGCUCGAUGAGGUCAACAAGGAGCUCUCUCGUCUGGACAGAGAGCUGGAUGACUACAGAGAAGAAAGCGAGGAGUACAUGGCUGCCGCUGAUGAAUAUAACAGACUAAAGGAAGUUAAAGUAUCUGCAGAUUUUAAAAGUAAGAGGAAUUACUGCAAGCAGCUGAAGAGCAAAUUAUCGCACAUCAAGAGGAUGGUUGGGGAGUAUGAUAGACGGAAAACUUAGGCAAGUGCCUGCUGCUGGGGAGAUGUGGCGCAUCUGUCCGCCUGAUGGCUCUGCAGUUCUCUUCGGAGGCAAAGUGACUUUGGACUCUAAUCUGGGAAGUUAAAACUUCGUGAUCAUUACCAAGUUUCUGUAGCGUUAAUACCAUCAGUUUCAUAUCGUCAGUAUUGAAACAUUUUAUAAAUGGCUUUUGAUAAUCCACUGGGCCGAACACUCCAAUUAGGAAUUUCACACUUUACACAUUGAUUCUUGUAUUAAGAAUGAAAUAUUGUUCAAGGGUGUAAAUUCAAAGACAGGUGCUGGUGUGGACUGUGUUGUGAACUUUCACACACCAGACAAUGAUGUCUUAAUACCCAAGUGUGUUCCUCCAGGUGGAGGCCAUCUCCUUAAUCAUCUCAGCAGCCCUUCAGGUGGCUUAUUUAUAAUCACUUUUCAGGUGAGGAAGUUGGGUCCCUGCCGUGAUGUCUCCACAGCGAGACUGCUUGCUUCCCAGAGGCGGUGUUGGCUAAGUCUGUUUUAUGACUCACAGCAUUUCCCCGCCUUUUGUAAUUCCCUACUGUGUACAGUACAUCCUGUCGGCCACCUUCCCUACUGGUGUUUUUCUUGUAUUGACUUUAACAUAAAUGAUUACACAUUAUUUCGCCUUCACAUUUUUCCUGAUUUCUAAGAUCAUGUAACAUUAACAAAUGUGUGAAAUUUAAAAAUUGUAAAUAUAUUAUUUACUUUUGAAAGAUCAUUUUAAACCCAGGGUUAGAGUUUUGUGUAUUUUUAAAAUACUCUUUAUACUUGAUAGUUUACAUGUUUUUUUUUUUGUUUUUGUUUUUGUAACCCACUAGAUCUUUUCACUGUAUCAGAGUAUCCAAUUACAUUUACAAUUAUGGCUUGAAUUGUAUUUCACAGGAGCGUUCAAGUUUUGUACAUAUUUUGUAAGGUAUUAAAGCCUGGUGUUCUGUAAUGUGCUUGUUUGAUAUCAUUCGUGCUGUGGUGGUCAGCUGUGCAGAACUAGACUCAGGAGUUUCAGUUGUGUGAGCUGUCUUGGGUUCUGUGCCAGCUAGUGAUUCCUAGUCCUUGGGCAGUGAAAAACACAAAUCUGUCUGGAUAUGGAAUAAUGUUCAUACAACAGCAGUGUCUGAAAAUUCAUGAUGUUCUUUAAAAAUUAAGGUUCUUGUUAGUAGCAUAAAAUCAGUUGAUAAUACUGCAUACACCAAAUAGUUUGUGUACAUCGAACUCAGUUUGGUUUAUUUUUUAUUUUGUUUUUUUUGAGAGAGGGUUUCCCUAUAUAACUUUGGCUGUUCUGGAGCUCACUCUGUAGACCAGGCUGGCCUCAAACUCGCAGAGAUCCACCUGCUUCUGCCUCCCGAGUGCUGGGAUUACAGGUGUGCACCACAACUGCCAGGCAUUUGGUCUAUUUUUUCCGAAAAUAUUUUACAUAUCUUCUAGAUAUUGAAGUACAUGUUUUUGUGAAUACAAUUUUGAAUUAUUUUUUCCAGGAUAACCUUUUAAAUAAUGUUUUUGUACAACCUUGGUUCAUUUUUUUAAAAAUUGAAGAAAAAUUUUACUUUCUAUAUGCUAAGCAUAAUGCAAAAAGCAUUUUCAUAGCUUUGGGGUUGACAGCGAGUUGACACCGUCCCUGGCUUUAUGGUAACUAGCCCUUUGUUCUUGGAAAUCAGUACUUUUGUGUUGUUUUGUUCUGGACAGGAUUUCAUAAGGUAGCUCAAGCUGGCCCUGAACUAAUGAUUAGUUCAAGUUGGCUCAAAUUUUCAAUCCUCCUGUUCCCACCUUCCUAGCGGUGGGAUUACAGGUUCUACUCCAUGCCUGGCUCAUUUAGUUUAUGAAGCCAACUUUCUGGUGUCCUCACAAUGUUGCACGAAUUCUAAUUGGCCUUAAUAAUAGAAACCCAGAGCCAGAUAUCGGGGUAAAUACUGAAAGAUCAGAGAGACAAAGGAGCAAGCCACAGCCAGCUCUUACCUUCUAACUCUUUAGUCAAGCAGAGGGUUGAGCUCCCAUCUCCUCCUGACUUAUAGUUCUCUCUCCGCCCAGCCAUAUCACUUCCUCCAGACCUCUGUGGUUAACUAGUGGCUAGCUCUGCCCUCUGAUCUUCAGACAAGCUUUA